AUGGCUCUGAGCAUUCAUAAACAGUCAUCUUUGUCUUCCGUCUUCCUCUACACUCUUCUUGUCUUCCUCCACCGAUCAUUAACCGUCUCGGCAGUGCCGAUUGGAUCACUCGACACUACUACCGUAUUUGCGAAACGGGGCCCGGACGGUGAAUCAGAUGCAAGUGACGGCAACGAAAAUGAACGUAAGAACAUUAUACAAUUGGUCGUCAUUAUGCUUGUUGUAGCAGCUGUUCUAGGCAGCUUACUUGCUGGAUGGUCUGGUAUUAAAUGGAUUAUGAGAAGGAGGGCUGACAAGAUUCAGCAUCAGGCAGAUUUCACCAAUUCAACGGAAACCUCCCGCAUGACGCCGCUCGAAACAAUCGAUCUUACUCCACCAUCGCCAUCCCAUAUAAAAUCAUCACGUUCAUCGCGCUGUUCCGAUACUUGGGAACGGUAUUUGAACAUGAUUCAAACGCCUGCUAGACUAAACCAAGCUGUUAAAGCGAUGAAGAGUCAAAACCCAGGUCGAUGGAAUAAAAUCAAGGAUGAUAUGGAAGAAAGCAAGGACGGAAGUUUUUAA